AUUGCCUUAACACAGGAAACCCGCACUUGAAGAAUUUUGAAAUUUUUCGUUCCCAGGGCUACUCUGCUCGUUAAUGCGAAAUUUUCAAAAUGGCAGACAAAAGAAGUAUUGAACAAGUAUUGAAUAGUUGAAGAUGGUGGAUUUUCUGCCCCUCGCAAUUGGCUAUACUGUGAUCUUUAUAUUAAUUAGCUAUGUGGUUCUUGUUGGGGGGAGCUCAUUCCACGAAGGAGGGAUUAUUUCUUGGUUUAGACGCGUUUUAAUCAAGAUAAACGAUGUUUUUAUAUCAGUUUGUGAGAGAAUUCUCCCCAGGCUACUACUCAGGACCAUUGAUGCUGUUAUUAACUAUAUUUUCUUCACAAGGAAUCGAUGCAUGCUGAUUUUGUAUGUUUUCCUCAUUGUGGCUGGCAGUGCAGUGUACACUUUAAGAGUUUCGUCCUUCUUUGGAAACACCAAUAUAUUCUUCCUGAGCACCUAUGUUUUGAUUUCUUUUGAUGUGGUCUUAUUUACUAUAUGUAAUAGAAAAGACCCUGGGGUGAUUACGUCUGUCAAUGUUGGUAACUACUUAGAGAGAUAUGAGUAUGAUGGUGUGUAUUACAUACAGUCUUCAUGCAGGACUUGUGGAACUCAAAAACCUGCCAGGUCAAAACAUUGCUGUAGGUAGUCGUGAAUGUUUAUUCUAAUUGCCCUCAUUACUAUAAUAUGCCAUUAACUCCAUUAACUAUAUACCACUAUCUACAUAUCUAUAUACAUACAACUAUCUUGAAAUCUGUUGUUUUCAGUAUCAAUUCAGUAAGAAACUACGGGAUGCACAGGGGACAAUUGAACAAGAAAUUUGUAGACUGAAGAUCUUUAAAGAUGCUAUGUAUUGUUUAAAAAAUGAGCAGUAGUGYUCACAGCUUCAAACACUAAUUGGAAACUCAAACUUGUUAGGAUUCUUGGAGAAAUGCUUGUUAAAAUAAGUUUUAAGAUAAAUAGGGUGGACUACGGUGGUCCAGAGGUGCAAUACAAAAACAAAUACAUAAACUACAAUAUAAAAUAGAAAAUUACAGAACAAACUACUGUAUUUCCAUGAUGUAAUUUUCACUACAAUAUUGUUUCGUAUGGUCCAGAGGACCACACUCAUCAGGUGAAACCAAUUAC